AGGACAAAGAGUAAAGAAAGUUUAUUGAGGUCAUAUUAAAUACAUCACACAAACACAUAGAUAAAUACAGGAUUGUGCGUCUGACAGUUGUUUGUGUGUAUUUCUUUAUUAACAGGACACUGAGGCUAUGAAGAGAGCGUUGGCUCAGAUCGACUCAAAAAUGGGUCAGGCUAAGAACUGGUUAAGAGAUCCUCACGGCCAACCAGGUGAUGCAGGUGAGCAGGCCAUCCGUCAGAUUCUGGAUGAGGCUGGUAAAGUGGGCGAGCUCUGUGCUGGGAAAGAGAGGAGAGAUAUUGUGGGCACAGCCAAAACUCUGGGACAGCUGACGGAGCAGGUCUCAGAGCUCCGAGGCAGGGGUCAGGGUGCGACUCCAGUGGCCAUGCAGAAGGCCCAGCAGGUUUCUCAGGGUUUGGAUGUUCUAACUGGGAAGGUGGAAAACGCUGCCCGUAAAAUGGAGGCCAUGAUGAGCUCCAAACAAGCCAUAGCCAAGAGGAUCGACGCUGCUCAGAACUGGCUGGCGGAUCCUCACGGAGGUCCUGAGGGUGAGGAGAACAUCAGAGCUCUUCUGGGGGAGGCGAGGAAGAUCGCAGAUCUGUGUGAAGAUCCCAAAGAAAGAGAUGACAUCCUGCGUAACAUGGGCGAGAUAGCCGCCCUAACCGCCAAACUUUCAGAGCUAAAGAAGUCGGGUAAGGGGGAUACCCCUGAAGCUCGAGCCUUGGCAAAGCAGAUCGCCACAGCUCUCCAGAAUCUUCAGUCUAAAACCGGUAAAGCCGUAGCCAACACCCGACCGGCCAAAGCAGCCGUACACCUGGAAGGAAAAAUCGAGCAGGCUCAGAGAUGGAUCGACAACCCCAGCGUGGAAGACAGUGGAGUCGGUCAGGCUGCUAUUCGCGGUCUGGUUGCCGAGGGGCGUCGCCUGGCUAACGCGUUGCCCGCAUCCCACAGACAUGAGCUGCAGGGUAAAUGUGAGGAGGUGGAGCACCUGAUGGCUCAGUUAGCCGAACUAGCGACCCGUGGGGAAGGAGACAGUCCACAAGCCCGCGCUAUCGCUCAACAACUAGAGAACACUCUGAAAGACCUGAAGGGUAAGAUGCAGGAGGCCAUGACACAAGAAGUGUCCGACAUCUUCAGUGACACGACCACACCAGUCAAACUACUGGCCGUGGCAGCGACCGCCCCACCAGAUGCGCCCAAUAGAGAACAGGUGUUUGAGGAACGGGCAGCAAACUUUGAGAAUCACGCGGGUCGACUGGGCGCGACAGCAGAGAAGGCAGCCGCAGUCGGCACUGCUAACAAGGGCACGGUGGAGGGCAUUCAGGCGGCGGUCAAAUCCACCAGAGAGCUGACACCACAGGUGAUCUCUGCAGCUCGUAUCCUACUGAAGAAUCCUGGAAACCAGGCAGCGUACGAACACUUUGAGACCAUGAAGAAUCAGUGGAUCGACAAUGUUGAGAAAAUGACAGGUCUGGUGGAUGAAGCGAUUGACACCAGGUCUUUGUUGGAUGCAUCAGAGGACGCCAUUAAGAAAGACCUGGACAAGUGUCAGGUUGCUAUGGCUAAUCACCAGCCUCAGAUGUUGGUCGCCGGAGCAACCAGCAUCGCCCGGCGAGCCAAUCGGAUCAUGCUGGUGGCAAAACGAGAGGUGGAGAACUCAGAGGACCCGAAAUUCAGGGAAACUGUUAAAGCAGCUUCUGAUGAGCUCAGCAGGACCAUUUCACCCAUGGUCAUGAACGCCAAAGCCGUGGCCGCCAACAUACAGGACCAAGGCCUUCAGAGAGGUUUCCUCGAGUCUGGUUUUAAGAUUUUGGGUGCCGUGGCUAACGUGAGGGAGGCGUUCCAGCCGCAGGAACCAGACUUCCCCCCUCCACCUCCAGACAUGGAGAACCUGCAUAUUCAGGACACUGCUGCCCCUCCAAAACCGCCCCUGCCGGAGGGUGAAGUUCCUCCACCGAGACCUCCGCCACCUGAUGAGAAGGAUGAAGAGUUCCCGGAGCAGCAGGCCGGAGAGAUGGUCAGCGAGCCCAUGAUGGUGGCCGCCAGACAGCUACACGACGAGGCCCGCAAGUGGUCCAGCAAGGGUAAUGACAUCAUCAGUGCCGCCAAGCGUAUGGCUCUGCUGAUGGCUGAGAUGUCUCGACUGGUCCAGGGCAGCAGCGGCAACAAGAGGGCACUCAUUCAGUGCGCCAAAGACAUCGCCAAAGCCUCUGAUGAAGUCACGCGGCUCGCCAAAGAGGUCGCCAAGCAGUGCACGGACAAACGCAUAAGAACCAACCUGCUGCAGGUGUGUGAGAGAAUCCCAACUAUUAGCACUCAGCUGAAGAUUCUGUCCACGGUGAAGGCCACCAUGUUGGGACGCACCAAUAUCAGCGAGGAGGAAUCAGAACAGGCUACAGAGAUGUUGGUUCAUAACGCUCAGAACCUGAUGCAGUCGGUAAAAGAGACGGUGAGAGAGGCAGAAGCCGCUUCCAUCAAGAUCCGCACAGACGCCGGUUUUACUCUGCACUGGGUCCGCAAAACACCGUGGUACCAGUGAGCACCAAAAUCCCAGUGUGCAUUGGGCAAAGCAACUCAGUCCAGGUCCUAAAUGUCAUUGCAGACAUGUCAAUCACGUUGUUUGGGGGUGACCAAAUUAUUCCAUUUCAAAAUUGUUGUUCUUGAAUGUUAAUGGAUGUAAAAUAAGGGAUGAUAUAAUUCAGCAUUCAGUUUCCUUCCAAUUGCUUUUUUAUUUGUGAGAAACGGUUUAUUUUGUGUUGAUGGAUCAGAGUUAGAAAAAUUUACAGUAAUUAUGUCCUGUUGUAUCACAGAGGUUAUUUUGUUAGGAUUUUUUACAGAAAUAAUCUGUGGCUGCCUCACACACAGUUUUAUAUCUCAUUUUUGUAUCUUUACUUGCACCCGUCUCCUUUACACUGUUUGAAUGUAUUUCACACAUACACAAAGAUUACUCGUUAUAUUUUGCCUUUCUGCACAAAAACACAAGCACAUUUUUAGACUAUAAUACCGCGGUUAAUAAUAAGUUUUUUAAUGCAACAGGUGAGUCAUACAGCUUCAACCAUAGGUACACAGUUGUACUAUUGUUCGUCUGUAACCGUAUGCUUAAUAGAAGAACAUUGGUGGAUUGUUUCAUUCCUUCAGGGAUUGCAGUUUACAGAAGUCUAAACUGAUAGGAGAUAAAUCAAAUUCUGGUGCUUAAUGUGAAAUAUACCAAACACAUAUUUUUUUCAUUAUUUAACCAAACAUACAGAACAUAUACAUGCACUGCCGUCCCUGUUUUACCACUAAGAUGUCACUGUGCUAGAUACACUACUAAAAUCUUUUGCGGGAUGCACACUCAAGUAUAUUUAUAUGAGUGAAAAUAUGCUCUUUGCAUAUAUAUGAACCUUUUAUAAUGUUGAGAAUAUCAUUAGUUUUAAUGUAAAUAAUGAUGACAGCCUGUAAGACCUAAUGUGCCUUGUCUAAUAAAGGAUCUAAUUAUCA